AUGCUGUGCAUGUUUGGUCCCUCAGAAUUCUGUGCUUUCUCUUCCCCCCUUCCCUCCGCUCGUCCCCCCUUCCCUCCGCUCGUCCCCCCUUCCCUCCGCGUGUCCCCUCUUCCCUCCGCUCGUCCCCUCUUCCCUCCGCUCGUCCCCUCUUCCCUCCGCUCGUCCCCUCUUCCCUCCGCUCGUCCCCUCUUCCCUCCGCUCGUCCCCUCUCCCCUCUGCUCGUCCCCUCUUCCCUGGCAGCUGGAGGAUGGCAAGGGCACGGCCAUGCUGUGCAUGCUGCCCGCCAAGUUCCACCGCAUGCUGUGGCUCAAGCGUGGCAGUUUCGUGGUGGCAGAUGUGAGUGCAGCAGAGGAGGUGGAUAAGGCGGGAGGGAGAGUGCGAGGCAGCAUAACGGCCGUGCUAUUUGACCACCACAUCAAAGAACUUGUAGCCUCCAAUCAGUGGUUCGUACAAAGCCGUUUUUCAUUCCACCCAAGACGAGAGUCCGAGGCACCAUAG